AACGCCUGAAGUUCAUCAAGCCCCCCAUGGAUAUCUUCCUUGAGGUUAAUGUGCAAGGUCGUAUUCCUUGUCAUGUGCGCGGUUACGGCGAAAUCACAGUGGAGUGGUACCGUUUACUUCCGGCCUUAGACGAAACGAAUUCUGCAUUAGUGCUCGAUGAAGUCGACAAUCGUCUCCUGACAAGUGGCACCUAUAACAUCGACGAACUCAACGCACAUGGCAAGAUCGGCGCUGGCAGUCAGGCUGAAAUGGAGUCGUCAAGACAUCGUCUACAGCUCAUCCAGCCACCAAAUCAAGUGGAGGGUGGAGAGUUGAUCAUUCAAUUGGUGGAGAAGCGUGACGCCGGCGAGUACACUUGUGUGGCCAGAUCCACAUACAAUUCCUCCGUGAUCACGCGCUCAAUAAGGAUAGAAGUUGGUGGUAGGCUGCUCAUUUAUCUUCAAUUUUAUUUUCAACUAUUAGAGAAACACGCACCAGACAAUCACACUUGCAGUGGGUAUGAAAAACGGCUGGGUUUCAAUUAG